CAAUUUGGCAUCGCUGAACAUCUUAUUGGGAUUCCUGAAGCGCUUGCAACAAGAGUGAAACAUUGAAUUUGUGUUUUUCUUGGCUCUUUUUUCAUCAUGGAGAAUCGCCCAAAUCACACCAUUUACAUCAACAAUCUCAAUGAGAAAGUUAAAAAAGAAGACUUGAAGAAGUCCCUCUACGCCAUCUUCUCGCAAUUUGGCCAGAUUCUGGACAUUGUGGCCCUCAAAACAUUGAAGAUGCGCGGCCAAGCCUUUGUCGUGUUCAAAGACAUCAGCUCCGCCACCCAAGCAAUGCGUUCAAUGCAAGGAUUUCCGUUCUACGACAAACCAAUGCGGAUCAAUUACUCCAAAACGGAUUCUGAUGCCGUGGCCAAACUGAAAGGCACAUUUACCGAACGACCUAAAAGACCCGCUGGAGGACCCGCUGGAGCCGAAUCCAAAAAGGCCAAGAAGCGGGCUGCCAAGGAAGCGGCAGUUCGUCAAGGAGGUGGAAGUGGAACUUCAGGUGGUCCAGUACUGGAGGCUCCUCCUAACCAAAUCUUGUUCUUGACCAACCUGCCCGAGGAGACGAACGAGAUGAUGUUGUCGAUGCUCUUCAAUCAGUUCCCUGGGUUCAAAGAGGUCCGAUUGGUGCCGGGUCGUCACGAUAUCGCGUUCGUGGAGUUUGAGAAUGAAGUCCAAUCUACGGGGGCUCGAGAUGCUCUUCAAGGUUUCAAGAUCACACCCACAACCUCCAUGAAGAUCUCAUUCGCCAAAAAGUGAAGGCAGAGCGUCCGCUUAACCAGUAUUUCUUGUCAUCGGGCAAUCUUUCUUUGCUUUGGGGAUGAUUGUGCAUUGCACCCCCGCACAACAGAAAGUUUAGAUGUUGAAAUGAAAAGUGUGAACCUGAAACAUCAA